CGCAUGCGCACUCCCGCAAGACUCGCGCAGGCCCUCUGGGCUCCCUCUUCCCCAGAGCCCGGCAGGAGCCGAGGCCUCGGCGCCAGCCUGGAGGCUGGGGUUGGCCUGGUUCGCCAUGCGUUGGGGGCUGCGCCCUCGCGGGCCGGGGGCAGCGGUUCUGCUCGCGGCCCGCAAUUUGUGGGUGCCGCCCCGCCUUCCUUGUCGGCCGGGCUGGCGAGGGGCGACGAGGAGGCUUUUGGUGCGGUCAGUCACGGGGGCCAGUAACCAGCUGCAGAACUCGAGUAAUGGCAGCUAUCGGGACACGGUGUUGCUGCCGCAGACCAGCUUCCCCAUGAAGCUGCUGGGCCGCCAGCAGCCCGACACGGAGCUGGAGAUCCAGCAGAAAUGUGGAUUUUCGGAACUUUAUUCAUGGCAAAGAGAAAGAAAAGUGAAGACAGAAUUUUGUCUUCAUGAUGGACCUCCUUAUGCAAAUGGUGACCCUCAUGUUGGACAUGCUUUAAAUAAGAUUUUGAAAGAUAUUGCUAAUCGAUACCAUAUGAUGAGAGGUUCCAAAAUACAUUUUGUGCCAGGCUGGGACUGUCAUGGGUUACCUAUUGAAAUAAAAGUAUUAUCAGAACUUGGUGGAAAAUCUCAGAAUCUUUCAGCUGUGGAAAUUAGAGAGAAAGCUAGGUCAUUUGCCAAAGCAGCAAUUGAGAAACAGAAGUCAGCAUUUAUUCGUUGGGGAAUAAUGGCAGAUUGGAAUAAUUGCUACUAUACAUUUGAUGGAAGAUAUGAGGCCAGGCAGUUGAGAAUUUUCUACCAAAUGUAUGAUAAGGGCUUGAUUUAUCGAUCUUACAAACCUGUGUUUUGGUCUCCCUCAUCAAGGACUGCAUUGGCUGAAGCAGAACUUGAAUAUAAUCCAGAGCAUGUCAGUCGCUCAGUAUAUGUAAAAUUCCCUCUCUCGAAACCUUCUCCUAAGUUGGCAUCUCUUAUAGAUGGUUCAUCUCCUGUUAGUUUUUUGGUCUGGACCACCCAGCCUUGGACAAUUCCAGCCAAUCAGGCUGUUUGUUACAUGCCAGAAUCAAAGUAUGCUGUUGUGAAGUGUUCCAAAUCUGGAGACUUACACAUUUUAGCUGCAGAUAAAGUAACAUCUGUUGCUUCUACUUUGGGAACAACAUUUGAGGUUAUUUCAACAUUUUCAGGUGUAGACUUGGAAAAUGGUACUUGCGCUCAUCCUUUAAUUUCUGAGCGAGUGUCUCCUCUUUUACCUGCCAAUCAUGUGACCAUGACAAAAGGAACAGGGUUGGUUCACGCAGCCCCAGCUCAUGGUAUGGAAGAUUACAGUGUAGCUUCUCAACACAACUUGUCCACGGAUUGUUUAGUGAAUGAAGAUGGAGUUUUCACAGAUGCUGCGGGUCCAGAGCUUCAAAACAAGGCUGUUCUUGAAGAGGGAACAGAUGCGGUUAUAAAGAUGCUUCAGGCUGCAAAGAAUUUGUUGAAAGAGGAAAAACUGAUACACAGCUAUCCCUAUGACUGGAGGACUAAGAAACCAGUAGUUAUUCGUGCCAGCAAGCAGUGGUUUGUAAAUAUCACGGAUAUUAAGACUACAGCCAAGGAAUUAUUAAAAAAAGUCAAAUUUAUUCCUGGAUCAGCACUGAAUGCCAUGAUUGAAAUGCUGGACAGGCGGCCAUAUUGGUGUAUAUCAAGGCAGAGAGUUUGGGGUGUUCCAAUUCCUGUGUUUCAUCAUAAGACAAAAGAUGAAUUCUUGAUCAACAGCCAAACCACUGAGCAUAUUAUUAAACUAGUGGAAGAACAUGGCAGUGAUAUCUGGUGGACUCUUCCCCCGGAGCAACUUCUUCCAAAAGAAGUCUUAUCUCAGGUUGGUGGUCCUGAUGCUUUGGAGUAUGUGCCUGGUCAGGAUAUUUUGGACAUCUGGUUUGACAGUGGGACUUCAUGGUCUUAUGUUCUUCCAGGUACUGACCAAAGAGCAGAUUUGUACUUGGAAGGAAAAGACCAGCUUGGGGGUUGGUUUCAGUCUUCUUUAUUGACAAGUGUGGCAGCAAGGAAUAAAUCCCCUUUUAAGACAGUGGUUGUUCAUGGAUUUACCCUUGGAGAAAAGGGAGAAAAGAUGUCCAAGUCUCUUGGGAAUGUCAUUGAUCCUGAUGUUGUCAUCAAUGGAGGACAAGAUCAAAGCAAAGAGCCUCCCUAUGGUGCUGACGUCCUUCGCUGGUGGGUCGCUGAGUCCAAUGUCUUCACUGAAGUGACAAUUAGUCCAUCUGUACUGGAUGCUGCCAGAGAUGAUAUUAGCAAGCUUAGGAAUACACUCCGCUUUCUUUUGGGAAACGUGGCUGGUUUCAACCCAGAAACAGAUUCCAUCCCUGUUAACAAUAUGUAUAUCAUAGACCAGUAUAUGCUACACUUACUGCAGGAUUUAGCAAACAAGAUCACCGAUUCAUAUAAGCAGUAUGAUUUUGGAAAAGUUGUUCGGCUGUUACGAGCAUUUUAUACCAGAGAACUUUCCAACUUUUAUUUCAGCAUAAUCAAAGAUAGGCUUUAUUGUGAAAAUGCAGAUGAUCCCAAACGACGCUCUUGUCAGACUGCAUUAGCUGAAAUUUUGGAUGUAAUGGUUCGUUCUUUUGCUCCCAUUCUUCCUCACUUGGCUGAAGAGGUAUUCCAGCACAUACCUUAUCUUAAAGAACCCAAGAGUGUUUUUCGUACUGGCUGGAUUAGAACCAGUUCUAUCUGGAAGAAGCCUGGACUGGAAGAAGCAAUAGAGAGUGCGUGUGCAAUGAGAGAUUCAUUUCUUGGAAGCAUCCCUGGCAAAAAUGCAGCAGAGUACAAGGUUAUCAUUGUGAUUGAGCCCGGCCUGCUUUUUGAGAUAAUAGAGAUGCUACAGGCGGAGGAGACUUCCAGCACCUCUCAGCUGAAUGAAUUAAUGAUGGCAUCCCAGACAACCCUGCUCUCUCAGGAGCCACAAACAAUAACGGCAGAUGUGACUGAGCUUAAAGGGACGUUUCUAAUCAAUUUAGAAGGUGGUGAUAUUCGUGAAGAAUCGUCAUAUAAAGUAAUUGUCAUGCCAACUACCAAGGAAAAAUGCCCUCGUUGUUGGAAGUACACAGCUGAGUCAUCAGACACACUCUGUCCCCGAUGUGCAGAAGUUGUGAAAGAGAAGUAGGACCUCACUGUGUGUUGACAGCUCUCUGAGCAAGAACCUCCUGAUGGGACUGCCUGGGGUUUAGAUGGGUUGUUACAGCACUGCAAAGAAUCCAAGAUUUGGGUAGUGAGUGGAAGAGUAGGUGGUAGAUGGUGAGAGUCCUCAGAGCUACAAGUUUUUCCUGUUACUAAAUAAAAAAUCGUGUAUAGAAACACAUGGAAAAAUAUACAUAUGCAGAUGGACCCAUAAUGGACUUAGAACACAAACACUGAAAAUGCUUGCCUGAAAAUGUGGCUGGGCAGAAAAUGUUUUAUAUUUUAUAAAUCUUCUUGACUCAGUAUUUAAGUUCUACAAUGUCUAAAAAUAAAGACACCUGGAAAAUUA